AUGCGUGGGAAGGAGGAGAGAACGGCUGCGAUGGUGGUCGUGGUGGUGGUGUGGAACAGUGCGCAGACAUAUAAACCCUUCGUGAUUGUUUUUGCUGCCGCUGUGGCUGCGGCUGUGAUUGUUGUUGUGGUUGCGGUGGUGCCGGUGGUGGCGGCGACGGUGGAGGCUGCUGUUUUACAAUUGCGUAGUGAAAAUACUGAAAGCGAUGCAGAGCACACCCGAUCCGUGGAUAAGAUGUACUUUCUAGAAGGCCCUAAGAGCCCCUCAACUUCUAUUGGUGGUGGUGGUGCUGGUGGCGGCGGCGGCGGUGGUGGUCGAUUUGUCUGUGAGACUUUACUUGCUCAUUUGCACCACCUCUACACUGACGAGGAGUUUUCGAAAUCCAAUGCAGUGGUGAUGCGUCCAAGCACUAAAGCUUGCAUGUGCCAUCCAAGUGAGAAGAUGGUGGAAAACAAGGUGGAGAUGGAGGUGAAGGUAAGCCUAAAGGAGUCACCACCCUUCGUGAUUGUUUUUGCUGCCGCUGUGGCUGCGGCUGUGAUUGUUGUUGUGGUUGCGGUGGUGCCGGUGGUGGCGGCGACGGUGGAGGCUGCUGUUUUACAAUUGCGUAGUGAAAAUACUGAAAGCGAUGCAGAGCACACCCGAUCCGUGGAUAAGAUGUACUUUCUAGAAGGCCCUAAGAGCCCCUCAACUUCUAUUGGUGGUGGUGGUGCUGGUGGCGGCGGCGGCGGUGGUGGUCGAUUUGUCUGUGAGACUGUCCGAUGA